UGCAUCGACUGGUUUUUAUAUCAUUCGUAUUUGAGGUUAAUUUUUGUUUAAUAAUACUCUGGUACCUAUUGAAAUAUGUGAUUCGUAGGCAGCAAAUAGUUCUUGGAAUAAAAAUACAAGGUUUCAUAAUGAAUUAAAUAUAUAACAGCAGAUGAAAACUUCACCAAUAUGUUUCAAACAGCAAGGAGUGGAGUUUCAUACUCUAUACCAUUUGACGAACUAGAUCUGAGGUAUAUAAGAAAAGAUGUAAAAAGGAAUAACAAUCCACUGCCAAUAUGGAGCAUAGACAAUAACAAACAAUACUACUCGUUUGAGGUGUUCGUAGAGAAGAGAUGUAAUGAGGACUGUAAAAAGAAUAAUCUGCAAGAAGUGACUGAAAUUAGUGACACACCAAAAGAAAACACAUACAAAUGUCCAAUUUGUAACAUUAUUGUUCCAAUCAUAUACUUGAAAGAACACAAUAGCAGUUUAAAACACAAAACAUGUUUAGAGAUAGCAGAUUUAGCCAUGCAAAGACUUAGAGAUUAUGUUUUCCUUAAUGUCACAGCGUGUACAAAUGAAACAUCCACAUAUUUCUGUGAGCCUUGUGCUCUUUCAGUUGAUGUUAACCAAAAAUAUUGCCAUGAAGCAUCAAAAUCCCAUGCUGUUUCUUUAAAAUAUGACAACAUAUUGUCUGACUUACUCAUGUUGUACAAAGACAGAGAGAAUUUAGAUAAAAUCUGCUCAAAAUAUCUAUUGAAUGUUGACACUAAUGAAAUUGCGAUGACUAAAACCAUAAAAAGUGUUGAAGAUAAUACAAAAACUACUGCAAAUACUGCCGCUACUAAGAAAACUGUUGUUAACAAUGAAACUGAUCCAGAAUUAGUUGAUUUAAUAGAUUAUUUUGAAAAUAUCAAUGCUAAUCUCGAUGGACAAGGUCAUAUAUCUGUUACAGACAAAGAUUUUAUACUUAUAACUGUGGACAAUAGUAAAUUACGGGUGAAUAUCUCAAAUUUUCAUGGAUUUUCCACAUGUGAAGAUUCAGAUGAGACAUUUUGUUCAUUGUGUCGUGUUAUUUUAAAAAGUGCUGAUCUUGAAGCUCACUGUAAGAAUGGGAAACACAUAGACAACAUUUCGGUGCCGUUACGCGACCAGCACUGUGUCAGGUCCAUUGAGGUUUCUCCAUGGCAUGUGCACUGUAUAUUAUGUAAUAAAUAUACUGAAAGAAUAAACGAACAUUUCAUUAGCACAGAACAUAAACAUGCACUAAAUAAUUCCUUAAUAUACGAAACGAAUGACACAAUUAACAAAACUUUAAUUUAUACAGAUGUAUCCCAUAACGAUGACGAUGAAUACGAAAGUAUGUCUAAUUCCAGUAUAUCCACAGACAAAGGGUCUGAUGAAACAGCUGUAAAAAAAUUGAGACGUAGUACAGACUACCAAAUUGGUGUGAUACCGUCAAACCUCAAUGAAGCUAUGUGUAAAGUCUGUAAAGUUUUAAUACCAUUCCAUAAAACAAACAUAACUCAUAAACUAGGCAAUAACCACAGAUUAAAGUACAAUUCACUUUUAUCAACUAACAGAUUACAAAGAACUGAAAAAGGUUUCAACUGUGCUAUUUGCCAUACUACUGUUACUUAUAAAAAUGAACUAGAUCAUAUAAAUGGCAAAAGCCAUCAGAGUAACAUUCAGAAAACUUUAAAUUGUACCAAACAAAAGUUCUGCCAACCCUGCAAUGUUAACAUUGACGCUCACAAUUAUGCUAGCCAUGAAAAAGGAAAACAACAUUUAGAAAAUUUAAAGCAUUUAGAGAUUAAAACUGAAUCAGUUAACACACGUUCGUCUAAGGAUGUACAAACAAAUAUUGAUAGAAAAUUUGUAGUACAGACCAGUAACUCAUUUAAACAAUUAAAAACAGAUUCUAAUAUGUCUAAUAAUAUUUCUGUUGGUAUGAAUACUAGUGGUGCUAAGAAUGAUGUGCGAAAGAAAUACUGUCAAACAUGCAACCUUAGUAUUGAUGUUCACAACUUUAUUGCUCACGAGAAAGAAAACUUAAGACAGAACAGAGCUGCUACUGCCAGGACGACUCCACCUAUGAUAACAAAUACAAAGUUAGAAGUAGACAACAAUAACUUACUCAAACAAACUUUUCUCGAUUUAAAUAAUUUUGUUAUUAAUGAGAGUGAAGAUGAAACUGUAGAUGAUUGUAAGAUAAGUCCUGAUGACACUUGCUCAGAUGAUGAAGAAUAUGAUGAGGAUACAACUACAGCAGAUCUUCCAAUUACUAAAAGCCUAUUGUUACGAACUACAGAUUACCAAUUCGAUGUGGGAUCAAAUGUUAAAGAGGCUAUAUGUAAAGUCUGCAGAGUUUUAGUGCCAUUCCAUGAAAAAAAUAUAACAGAACAUAAAUUGGGACAAACUCACAAAUCAAAUUACAAGAUGGUUUUAUCAUCCAAUGGAGUACAAGAGAUAGAAAAUGGUUUCAAAUGUACCAUUUGCAAUGUUAUUAUAAGUAAUAAGAAUGAACUAGAUCACAUAAAUGGUAAAAACCAUCAAAGUAAUAUUACUAAGAGUACCAAGUCUACACGAGAAAAAUACUGCCAAUCAUGCAACAUAUAUAUGAAUGUUCACAAUUUUGAAAGCCAUAAAAAAGGAAAGAGGCAUAUGAAAAAUUUAAGACUUUCUGAUAAUUAUUCAGUUAACACAACAUCAUCUAUGGAUGCAAAAUCAAAUUUAGUAGAACAGUGGUAUUGCCAAUUUUUCGAUGUUAACAUUGAUGCCCACAGUUUUGUUGAGCAUGAGAAUGAUAAGCAGCAUUUAGAUAAUUUACAACAGAAUGCAUCCGAUUUAGUGAGCACAACAUCAUCUAAUAGUAAUCGAGAAGUACGGAAGUACUGCAAUACGUGUCAUAUUUACAUUGAUACUUGCAAUUAUGCUAGUCAUGAAAAAGGAAAGCGUCACUUGAAAAAUUUUACAUUAAUUGAUAUGAAGGCCAUUCUCAAACACUUUAAUGGGUACAGUGCUCCAUCUACUACAGGUAGUAAUACAACAAAUGAUGAAAAACGUUUUGUAGAACAAAAACGACGCAUGAGUGGUAUACAUGAUAACGUGAUGUGCGUGAUGCUAUUCAGAUGUGAUGUGAUGAUUUCGGCGUGGCAUAUACAUUGUAUUUUAUGCAAUAAAUGUAUAUAUACAAAAAGAAUCGAUGAUCAUUUUCGUAGUGAAACCCACACACUUGCAUUAAACGAAUCUUUGAUUGAUGAAACUGUUAAUGCUAAUGAUAUAUCAAUUGGCACCGCCAAAGAUCUUAAAGAAGAUCAUAGUUUAGAUAUUUUCACGGCUACUGAGGACGAUACAGACUCUCAUUACGAGACAGGGGAUGAUGUAUCCUUACAUUCAGUGCCAAAACUAACACCGGCUCCAACAAACGAACCUCUACAUUACCAAAUGAAUGUAUCAACGAAUCCAAAAGAAGUUACAUGUAGAGUAUGUAAGGUUGUAGUACCGAACAAAAUAAUUAAUGUAAUUGAGCAUAUCAUGGCAAAAAAUCACAAAACAAAAUACGAUGCGCUUUUAUUAAACAACAAAUUAAAACGGACAGGGAAUGGGUUUAAUUGUCAUUUUUGUCAAGUUGAUAUAGAUAACACGAACGAACUCGAACAUAUGGAUAGUGAAGCACACCAAAAAGCUAUGAAAACGUUAAAUGAUUAUCCUACGAUAAAUAUAAAAUAUUGUGCAGCAUGUAAAGAAUAUAUACGUACCUCUGUAUUUGACAAACACGAAUCAACAGCGAAGCAUAAAAGUAAUUUAGAAAUACAACCCGCUAAAGAAGAGAAGAUCAUACCUACGUUAAAUAUAUAUUGCAAAGAAUAUAUACCUAACUCUGAAUUAGACGUACACGAAUCAACAGCGAAGCAUAAAAGUAAUUUAAAAACACAACCCGCUAAAGAAGAAAAGAUCAUACCUAUGUUAAGUAUAUACUGUGCAGUAUGCAAAGAAUAUAUACCUAACUCUGUAUUAGACGUACACGAAUCAACAGCGAAGCAUAAAAGUAAUUUAAAAACACAACCCGCUAAAGAAGAAAAGAUCAUACCUACGUUAAGUAUAUACUGUGCAGUAUGCAAAGAAUAUAUACCUAACUCUGUAUUAGACGUACACGAAUCAACAGCGAAGCAUAAAAGUAAUUUAAAAACACAACCCACUAAAGAAGAAAAGAAUAUAAUUAUAAGUAAAACCAAUAUACACUAUCACUUACAGAAGACUAAUAUAGCCUCGGAACUAAAGUGUACAAUUUGUAAUGUUUCAAUACCGAGCAAAUCGAAUUGUAUAACAGAACACAUCAUGGGAAAUAUCCAUACAUCUAGAUACGAUAUGUUUUUAGUAAAAAAUAAGCUAAAAAAGGUAGAGAAUGGUUUUCAUUGCGAUAUUUGCAAAGUUAAAAUAACUAAUAUGAACGAACUGUCUCAUAUAAAUGGUAAAAACCAUCAAAAGAACAUUCUAACAUUUAACCAAUCUGAUCCUGUCAAAGAUAUAACUAAUAUACAACCUAAUGAUAUAAAUGAUGAGAAUGCUGCAAUUCCAUCUACAAGUUCAAACAUCUUGAAAAUAGUAACGAAGAAAUAUUGCAGACCAUGCAAUAUUUAUGUCGAUGUUAACAAUUUUACUAGUCAUGAGAGAGGUAAACGUCAUAAAGGAAAUUUAAAACUUAAUGAAAUAGAUUCGGUCAGUACUACUACUUCCUCUACAUCUGUAUCUGGGAUGACAUAUUGCCAAUCGUGCAAUAUUCAUAUCCAUACUCACAAUAUAGAUAGCCACACGAUGGGUAAUAAACAUUUGAAACAAUUAAAAAUCAGUGAAACGAAACCGGUUGAUACACAUUUGGCGGUAAUUUCUAAAUAUUUGUGUUACCUUAUGAGUCCUACAGAGGAUCCUAAUGAAUUAAUGUGUAAAAUUUGUAAAAUAGCAAUUGCUAAGUCAAACUUAAUGAGACAUUUGAAGGCAAGAAGACAUAAGAAGAAAUAUAAUACGCUUUUGUCAUCCAACGAAGUAAGGAAAAUCGAAACUGGUUUUCAUUGCGACAUUUGCGAAGUUAAUGUGACUGAUAUGAACGAAUUCAAUCAUAUAUUCAGCGAAACUCAUCAAUAUAAAAUUGCAAAUGAAGCUCAUGUUACAAUUGAGGCUGAUGAAUCAGUGACCAAUAGAAAUAAUACGCUGUAUAAUGUAACUGAUUUACAAACUCAGGAGGAUGAGGAGAAUUAUUCAUCUCUUUUAUGUUGAUGCUAGCCAAUCCGAAGCUUAAGAAGGCACAUUUAUUUCAGGCUACUAGGCCCAUAUAAAUACCUUAUAGACUAACAUACAUAUAUUACUAUUAUAUAACUAAUAUUCAAUGUACCAAAGUCUCUGUGGUAAUGGCACUCACGACGCAAUCUACCACGGUAGCGCCGAUAACCACACCCUUCGGCCAGUAAUCCUUCAUGAAGGUGGGUAGCGUAUUGGAGGGGACUCGGGCCACAAACGCCUUGAAACUCGCUUUAUGACUCGACUCCAGCUUCGUCAACCUCAAUGUCAGGUUACUCUUGGUUCUUAUAUAAUCGACAAUGUCCUGCUCCUUAGUGGCGUAAUGUAGGCCAGUGUUUACCAACUGGGCCCCACCCCACCGGGGGGCAAAUUCGAACGGACCCGACACGACUCCAAGCAAAGCAAAUUCUUAAAUAAUUGUUAUAUAACUAAACCAGCUUUUGCUCGCGGCUUCGCCUGCGUUAAUUUAUCCCUUUAGGG